GACCAAUGACGCUUGCCAGGCUCAAAGCAGGAAUACAUGUUGUUUCUGUCUGCAGUUACAGUACAGUAUGGCUGGCAGACAGGCGGUAAAAACAUACUUGGAUCUCUUGUCGCAGCCAUGCAGGGCUGUACUAAUAUUCCUUAAACACAACAAAAUACCACAUACGGUGGAACUCGUUCCGUUACGAAAAGGGCAGCACAAAACACCUGAGUUCACCAAACUCAACCCCAUGCAAAAAGUGCCAGUGUUGGACGACAAUGGAUUUGUGCUUACUGAGAGUGAUGCUAUAUUGAAGUAUCUGGCGACGACAUACAGCGUCCCUGAUCACUGGUACCCCAAACUGCCGGAGAAGCGAGCCCGAGUGGAUGAGUACACAGCCUGGCAUCAUGCGAACACACGUUUGCACGCAUCCACAGUCUUCCUCCAAGAGGUUAUAUUUCCGAUGAUGGGACAGCCAGCAAACCCCGCAAAGUUAAAAAAGGCGCUGGCAGACCUGGAUGGCACACUGGACAUGCUGGAAAACAUGUUUCUGAAGAGACACGCCUUCCUGUGCGGCGACGACGUCUCAUUGGCUGACCUGUUAGCAGUUUGUGAGCUCAUGCAGCCCAUGUGCAGCGGGAGGGAUGUUCUGAAGGACAGACCCAAACUGCUGAGCUGGAGGAGUCGAGUUCAGUCGGCGCUCUCUGACUCCUUCGAUGACGCUCACUCUGUUGUCUAUCAAAUAAGGCAGAAGCUCACAGCUAAACUGUGAAAAAUCAACUCUCUAUUCAGAGCAGUUAAUUCUAGAUUUUAUGUCACAAAUGAUUCAUUUAAUAUGAAUAACAUGGCAAGGUGUUGUAAUUUACUUCAUGAGAUUAAGGAUGCAUCUGUCUAACAUGGAUAUGCUGUUGGAUCAGUACGUUUGAUUCAGUUAUGGUUUAAAAAACUCAUGUAUUUAAGAGGCAUCGUUUUUGUGAACUUUGUUAAUAAUAAUAAUUUUAUCUACACAACAUGGUAGUGUGGUUUGCUAAAUUAACUAAAUAAACCUGUGAUGAAUGAAGGAGGAGACAAUGUAAAAACAUUUUAUUGUUGACACGAACUGGUAAAAGAAUACCUUUGUAUUUACUAGAGUUAAAGGUAUGUGAAAAUCAGGACCCAGAUUUCCUCAUGAAUAAUGGUUUUCCUUGACACCUUUGUGCCUUACCUUUCUGUGAUUAAAAUGUCUAAUUAAAACUUUAAGUUAAUAAUA